AGGAAACGCGGAGGAGGAAGAAGAGAGAAAACAGAGAUAUAUAGAACCUCUCCGGAUUGGCCGAGAAGUUACAAUAGACCGCUACCACUGUCGGGGAGUUCGCGUGACACGCGCCGUUUCUCACUCUGCACAUUUGCUCGUCCACCUCGACGCGGAGGAAGCUCUCCCGAUCUCGAUAAACACACACGCGCACACACAAACACACACACACAUAUACACACGCGCGCGCACACAUACACACACACACGCUUCCCGCUUCCAUUCUCCACCAGGACGGUAUAAUCCUUAACGACGAGGACACGCGUACCAGGGAGGCACCGAUAGUAUGACGGUGAUGCUGCUGCAACGUUCAGUCACCCCGCAGUCGACGCACAGCCAAAAGACAGCGAACAAGGACUGCAACGCGAAGCCACCCUUCUUAUUCCUGCUCGACGACUGUCAAGAGCACAGCCACUCCAUUGACACUACCAUCACCACCACGACAACCAACAACAACAAUAACAACAAUAACAACAACAACAACAUUAACAUUAACAAUAACAAUAACAAUAACAAUAAGAACGACGACAUACUUAAAGGAGGUAGCAGAAGAGACAGUAAUCGUUCGUGCGCCGCCGACGAGGCGGCGGCGUCGGUGACGUCCCAAAGACGCGCCGAGGGUGGCCAGGACGUCGCGAUGCGAUAUUACCGGCUCUGGAUCUACACCUGUAACUUGGUGCUGCUCGGUAGCGCGCUAGGCUUCGCAGCCGCGGUCUCACGAACGCUUUUAUUCACCGGUGAUCCACGCCGGUACGUGGUGCCCGGGGUGCCCCGUGCAUACGACCCGACAGCCCUCUACGCUUACCUGGCGUUGGCCACGCAGUUGGGCCUGGUGCAAUUGUUGGGUUGCAUAGCGGCGAGGAGAUUGAGCGCAAGACUUCUCAACGCCUAUUGGGUCCUGCUUCUGGCGCUUCUUUUCGGCGACGCCGUGAUCGGGGUCGCUUGGGUCUUCCGGUUUGAGAGGAUGCGCGCCGAGCUCAGGCCUACUCUCAGGCAACGAUUGCAGAUGGAGUACGGGAAGGAUCUACGAUUCAGCGAGCAAUGGGACCGUUUGCAGAAGGAGUUCACCUGCUGCGGUGUGACCGGCCCUAAGGAUUUCGGUAACCGAUGGCCGCUCACCUGUUGCGGACCAUCUGGCAACGUUAGCGACAGUUGUCAACCGUAUACGAAAGGAUGCGAGGAAUCGUUGAUACGAUGGCUACGAAAAACUGCUGACUUGCUGUUCGUGUUGGGCUUCUGCGUGAUAGCGUUCGCCAAAUUGUGUUUCCUCGGUAUACUGCGUUACGAGAUAAGGGAGAUGAUACAGAAGAUACGAUUGUUAAGGGAGCCACCGCCGCCGGCGACCACCCUCGCGCAACCACCGUUCUCUCAAGUGAUACCGGAAGCGACCAACAACGGGAGCAUCGUUCGACGCACCACUCUGCCUAACGCUGUCACCCCUUCCGGAAACGCAUCGUUGUUGAUUCAAACGGAGGAAUGCAACACCGGAAGGCAUCCUCUGUUGGCGAACAAUUUGCAGGAUGGUGGGGCGGACAGCGACACGAACAGUCAUUGCGCGUUGAUCCUCGAGGAAACAACGCCUACCUCGGCGAAUCAUAAUUGCGGUAACAGAGAGAAAAGCAAUGGCAACAACAAUUACGAAAUGCGAGAAUUCAACAGGAGGCUGUGGUUGUCGAACGGUGGCAGCCCGGGCACGGGUAUAACAGCCGGUGGUCAAAGCAGGCGCACCUGACUAUGGAAGUGGUGGCGAAACACGUCGAACCGUCUCCUCUACAGGAGCAAUCGGUCUGCCGAGAUCACCGUGUAUAAGAUAGGUCCACAAACCGGAGCUAAGGUUUCUAAAGAUUCUACUGACCUCACGAGUACACCAGCCCACAAUAAGCGAAUAACGUUCAAAGUUUUGCGCGUUGCAAGAAAAAUGUAUCGUUAAUCCUCGUAUAUUAUCGAAUAAAAUAAGCUCUGAAUCCUGUUAGUUGACGAUAGAAAUUUAUUUACAAAAUGAAACUGUUUCAAUCAAGGCUAGUUUAGACUAGUGUAUAAUUUUAUCAGCUUCGUUUCUUCGAAGUCACCAUGUAUUAAGUGGAAUUCACUAAAUAAAUGAGAUUUUAAAGAUACAUUUUUCUCGUGACAUCAUACAUAGUGCAAAGUCUGCAUGAUAAUGCUAUUCGAAGUGCUGAUGAACAAAAUAAAUUUCUUUUUGCGUAACGACACAUAACGGACGAUGAAGCGAGAAUCGACAUGAACAAAUUGCAAAGAAGAACGAACCAAGAAAUCAAUGGGAUAAAACAAAAAAAAAAAAGAAAAAGAAAAAGAAAAAAAACAAACAAAAAUUAUGGAAAAGAGAAAAAAAGUGAAAAAACAGAAGUGCGUCGAAAUUACAAAAAGGAAAGAGGAAGGCCUGUGAAUGCCUUUCGGUAUCCUUUCGAUUCUCUUUCUACGCGUAUUCUUUACAUGUCUUUCCGUCCUCGCAUGGUCGGUGAACAAAGAAAAAAAGAAAGAAGAAGAAAA